CUGAGCGCAGCAGAUGCUGGGAUGAGAUGCCAAAGCAGCUCCUCUUUCCCUUGCGCCUUUGGGUGCUUAUAAAUUACCCCGCGCCUUCAGCAGCCUCCUCUUGUCGCGGUAGCGGGCUGCGUGCGCUCAUCACUCUACUCCGUUCCAGCGCGCGGGGUCUCGCGAUUGGGGACCCUCCAGCGGUAUCGGCGAAGAGUGAGCCAGGGCUGAAGAGGCACCUCCGUCUCCUUCCUUCUCCCCGGCACGAGUGGCGAGCAGGAAUCUCCCAGACUCCCACGCGCUCUCCCCCGCUGCCCUCGGAGAUUUGUUGUCGCUGCAGAAGAGUAAGAAUGAAUGAAUGAAAGAAAGAAAGGGGGAUAAAAAGAAAUAAAAGAAGGGAGGGAAAAAAAGGGGGAGGGGAGCGACCCGCGAGAAGACCGCAAAAGAGACGACCGGGAGGAGCAGAAGGGAAGUUGAUUCGAGCUGGCAUAGACGGGAAAAAAAAAGUCGAUCGCCAGCCGCAGCAUAAAAGUGUGAGCGACUCCACUCAGCCUAACAGCAGCGGCAGCCACAGGUGCCCCAGACGGGAAGCCAAGCCGUCCACGACAGCAGCGCGGAGCAAGGCUCCCGGAGCUUCGGGAUCUGGCGAAGGAGAUCUGCCCGCGUGCCCCUCCCGGUCGACGGGAGGAAGAGGGCGACAAGGCCCCACGGACGCGGGGAGGCUACCCCGCGGUGAUUUCGGCUGGAAGAGGUUCCCGACCCACCAUCAAGAUUUUGUCCAAAAGCAGGCAAGAGGAUCGCCCUGCGCUGAGCCGCCUGGUGGGCAGCAGGCGCCGGCUGAUCGCGGCCGGUGCGCUAGGGGUGGUCAUGGUGCUGCUGCUGGUCAUCCUCAUCCCGGUGUUGGUGAGUUCGGCGGGAACAUCGGCGCACUACGAAAUGCUGGGCACCUGCCGGAUGGUCUGCGACCCCUAUGGCGGAACCAAGGCGCCCAGCACGGCGGCCACGCCCGAUCGCGGCCUCAUGCAGUCGUUGCCCACCUUCAUCCAAGGCCCCAAAGGUGAGGCCGGCCGUCCGGGUAAAGCCGGGCCUCGGGGGCCCCCGGGGGAACCAGGUCCGCCGGGGCCGGUGGGCCCGCCGGGAGAGAAAGGGGAACCCGGGCGCCAGGGUCUACCUGGCCCCCCAGGAGCGCCGGGCUUGAACGCGGCCGGGGCGAUUAGCGCCGCCACUUACAGCACGGUGCCCAAGAUCGCUUUCUACGCGGGCCUGAAACGCCAGCACGAGGGUUACGAGGUCCUGAAGUUCGACGACGUCGUCACCAACCUGGGGAACCAUUAUGAUCCGACGACCGGCAAGUUCACCUGUUCCAUCCCGGGCAUCUACUUCUUCACCUACCACGUGCUCAUGCGGGGCGGCGACGGCACCAGCAUGUGGGCUGACCUCUGCAAGAAUAACCAGGUGCGAGCUAGUGCCAUUGCACAAGAUGCAGAUCAAAACUAUGAUUAUGCCAGCAACAGCGUGGUCCUACAUUUGGAACCAGGAGAUGAAGUCUAUAUAAAAUUAGAUGGUGGAAAAGCACAUGGAGGAAACAACAACAAAUACAGCACAUUUUCUGGAUUUAUAAUUUAUGCUGACUGAUAUUAAACACAAACUAAAUGACAUUCUAAUGAUCGAUUCUCUUGGCAAAAAUAAAAAGAUAAAGAAAGCCCAAGG